AACAUACUUGCUAUACUCAGUGAGCUGUGUUGUGAGUUGUCGUCGACUGUUUGUGUGAUGUGACAGAGGAGAGACUGAGAGGUGACAGGAGCCGCCUGUUGUCUAAUGUGUGCGCGCAGGUGUCACAUUUAUAGCAUCUGACUCAAACACUGACGAUAAACAAGAUGAACAAAUACAGGAAACAGAUGGCAGAGCAAUUUCUGAGUCAGGCCCUGAGCAUCAUCUGCCUGCUGACUGGAGAGGAAUAUGCCAUUGUGAAGAAGAGGCCCUCCCACAGCAGCAUUCACCAGCAGAGUGGAGAGGUGCCUAUAAAGUGUGAUGAUGUUGCCGUGUAUUUCUCUAUGGAGGAGUGGGAGUAUAUAGAGGGACACAAGGAGCUUUACAAAGACGUCAUGAUGGAGACUCACCAAGCAUUAAGGACUAUGGAGAUCCCAGGAAACGAGAGCUCAGAAUUAGCAGAUCACAGUGGUGGAAAUCUAAACACAGGAGCACAUGGAGAACUUGUACAGAAUAUUCAGCCAGUGGAGACUCCAUCAGAUGCCUCUGCAGAAUUAGCAGAUCACAGUGGUGGAAAUCUAAACACAGGAGCACAUGAGGAACUUGUACAGAAUAUUCACCCAGUGGAGACUCCAUCAGAUGCCUCUGCAGUUCUGACAGGUGACAUUAAUAAUGACGUAGAUGUUAAAGCAGAAGGUCUGAGUGUAAUGUGUCAGCUGGAAGCUGUGGAUCAGGAAAUGUGUGACAGCGACAAUGAAGGUAAAGAUGAUGCCAAGAUUUCAUGUAACAUGGAAGAAACAGAAAAUCAGUGGCUAAUAAAUUUCACAGAAGCUGCAGAGCAGGACAUACUUGACAAUAUUAGUAGAGGUGAUAUUGAGACUGAAGUCACACUUAAUGCUGAACAAACAAAUGAUCUGUAUGUAAAGAGUCAGCUGGGAGCUGUGAAGCAGGAAGUCAUUGACAAUAUCAGUACAGGUAAAAAUGAUGCUGAGAUUUCAUGUAACAUGGAAGACACAGAAAAUCAGUGGCUAAUAAAUUUCACAGAAGCUGCAGAGCAGGAAAUACUUGACAAUAUUAGUAGAGGUGAUAUUAAGACUGAACUCACAUUUAAUGCUGAACAAACAAAUGUUCUGUAUGUAAAGAGUCAGCUUGAAGCUGUGAAGCAGGAAGUCAGUGACCAUAUAAGUACAGAUAUUUUUUAUGGAUUUGAUAUAGUGGACUUGUGAAGAAGUAUGGUAUCCACAAAGAAUAUUCGCAAUAUUAAUUCUUAAUUACCAUAUUUACCAUAUUCGUUUGUUUAAAGCUCAUAUGCUUGAUAAAGGCUGUAUUAAUCGGCUGAAACGCGUUGCCUACUCCUUGCUACACUAAACAUUUUCAUAGUCCACUUUCGAAGUGGACCGCCAAGACUACAUCAAACCACGGACCAAAAAAUACGAUUGAAAGAUAUUCUGAAGCGUUCAAGAACAACCUUCAAAGCACCUAGUCCUCCUUUUAAAGGACCGCCAAGAACAACUGAAAUACCUUACCUAAAAUUGGGCCUAAAGAAACCUGUGGACACCUGCAGAUCGGAUACUCUGAAACAAAUAGAGUACGGAUCUAGACAGAACACAUUCGCAACAAUUCAAGAGGUUUUGAAAACCUGAACCGGGCAAAAAGACCAGCCAUCUGACGAAAGGAUUAACGGUUAAAGCACACUACCACAUUACCCCAGCAUCUACUCCUUCAAGUGUGUGUAAUCGCAGAGACAAACCAACUCGACAUACUGAAACCACUACAACACCGGCAGCGGCUAUCCCGGCUUCCGAUCCACAUUUAUCACAGUAAAGAUUGAAUUGGGUACAAAAAGAAACUAGACCAGAAACAAAGUAUCCCAAAAGAAACAACUGGUAAGAUUUAUUAUACCUACACCAACUAAGGAAGUUAAUGUGAAGGACAGAUAACCAAAACUACUUAACAGUGACUUAUAAUCGCAACAUAUAUAGCAAUUAGACAAAAACGUGUUGCAGCACGCCCACACAUACUAUCCCCACGGAGGACUUAACAACAGCGCUUUUAACAAAAAGCAAUUAACAAUUACUCUAAUGAUCACGGCAGAAAGACUUUAUUUUUCAUAACUUAUUAUACAAUUUUUACUGUAUCACUUUUUAUUUUUGUUUCACUUUUAUUAUUUGUUACUAAUGUUGAUACCAUUGACGCUAUUUUAAUUAUGUAUGUUCAGCUUUAAACAAACGAAUAUGGUAAAUAUGGUAAUUAAGAAUUAAUAUUGCGAAUAUUCUUUGUGGAUACCAUACUUCUUCACAAGUCCACUAUAUCAAAUCCAUAAAAAAUAUCUGCAAUUAAACCAAAAUUCAAAAAUUCAAAUAUACAGAUAUGUUUGUAUAAUACACUAAGUAACAGGGAUUGGAAAACAUAUUAUAUCAUUUUAUGCACACUGUAUCGUUGGCCAACCAGUUAGAUUUGUUUUAAGAAUCAAUUUCUAUUGUUUUAAAUUUUAUUGUAUGUAUUUAUAAUUCUAAAAAUAAAUAGAUCUCAUUGAAUCCAA